AUGGUUCGCAAGAAGGUGCCCCUCCGGUACAUUGGUGAGGACUCCACCCGUCGCCGUACCUACGAGACGCGGCGCAAAUACCUGAUGAAGAAGGUGGGUGAGCUGGGCAUCUUGUGCAACACCAAGGCCUGCGUGCUGGUGUAUGACGAGGGCGCGUCAGAGCCGGAUGUUUACCCAUCCCAUGCCGAGGCGGUGGCUAUGCUAAAUCGGUACAAGGCCAUGCCGAACAUGCCGCAGUUCAAGAAGGAGAUCCACAAGAGCCUCGUCGAGCGCAUCGCUAAAACCAACUCGCAGCCACCGGUCUUCCAGUCCCAAGCGCCAUACAUCUUCGGCGGGGCCGACAUGGGGCCUCCGCCGAUGUAUCAAGCGCCGCCGCAGCAGCAGGGCUGGCAACCACCGGUCUUCCAGCGCCAGGCACCAAACGCCACCGCCAGCAUCGACAUGGGGCCUCCGCCGAUGUAUCAAGCGCCGCCGCAGCAGCAGGAGAGCUGGCAGCCAUCGGUCUUCCAGCCCCAGAUGCCAAACGUCACCAACAACGUCGACAUGGGGCCUCCGCCGAUGUAUCAGGCGCCGUCGCAACAGCAGGAGGGCUUGCAGCCACCGGUCCUCCAGUCCGAGGGGGGCCACGGCGCCCUAGCCUAUAAUGGAAAUGGCUACAAUACUGGUGGCCACGACGGCGCCGGCACCAGCUCAAGCGCCAACUUCCUCGAUGAUGAUAUGAUGCAGUUCUGGGACGAUAUGGAGUUCGGGUUGUAG